AACUUUAGUUCGUCUCAAAUAUUCGUGAGGUUUUGGUGUGCGCGAAGCAGAGAUUUUGACUUUUUUAUUUUUACGCGAAACACACUCUAGACAGACCAUUCAGUUUAUAUCAUUUUCGUCAUCGUCAAUACAUAAAAUCGAUAGGUCGCGCGCGGUUAAUAGUUAGUUAGAUUAUAUUAGUUCGACCAACCCCACACAUUUCGUGCGGGGUUCAAAAUUACAUCGUAUGGUUCGAAAUAAAAGUCCGAGCAUAAGUUCCGGAAAGUCACCAGUGAAAAAAUCAUCUGGUAAAAAUGGUGAAACUAGUGAAAACACAUCCAAUGACUUAACACCCGACCAAGAUCUGCCGCGAACGUCGUCCGCCAACAUACAUAAACAAAACAUUUACAUCGUUUCGUUUCCCAUCAUUUGUUUAUUCAACAUUUUACGUUCCAUUUUGUAUCAGUUGUUUGUAAUUUUUAGAUAUAUUUUUACGACCAGUUAUCGGGUAGUCUAUCGGCCAUAUCGGAAGAAAGAUCUUGAGAUUGUGGUCAGUGCGACAAAGACUGCUGAAGUAAAUGAAAUGUCCGUACCGAAAGUGGGACCAGGACCGGGCGAUCCAUUGUUAGCCAAACAAAAGCAUCAUCAUCGCAGAGCUUUUGAAUACAUCUCAAAGGCAUUGAAAAUUGACGAAGAAAAUGAAGGUCAAAAAGAAAUUGCAAUUGAAUUAUAUAGAAAGGGAAUACGUGAAUUGGAGUAUGGCAUAGCGGUCGACUGUUGGGGUGGACGGAGCGAGGUAUGGGAACGGGCGCAACGCUUACACGACAAGAUGCAAACAAAUUUAUCAAUGGCACGAGAUCGAUUGCAUUUCUUGGAAAUUUUAAUGGAGACACAAAACUUAGAAAUUGACAAAAAUGUUGCACAAAAAACAACUUUACAAAAAGAUUCAACGAAAAAGCAAGCACGUCCCGUCUAUACUAUUCCCGCGACACAAUUGAAAAAAGUCACAAUAUCUAAGCCGCCAACAGACAAUAAGCUACCAAGUCGAUCUGAAGCAUCCGGUCAAAAGCUUACAGUCGGCAUCAAAAGACCAGCGCAUUUGGGCGUAAUGAACAAAUCACAAACACUUCCUCGUAGCAUGGGAUCGAAAGCAAUCACAAAUGGAGCAGGAACCCAUCGACAGACACCGAAACCAGCCGCAACUCCUCCAGCAAUUAGGCGGCAAUUUUCAAUUUCAGGUUCGCCAAUACGCAAAGGAAGUACUGGUCGAAAUACGCCACCACCAAGAUCACGAACGCCAGUGGGUGGUCCAUCAACGUCCGUCAGCAAUCAGUUGAUCAGUGUGAAAGGCGUCGAACAGAAAUUGGUACAAAUAAUCAUGGAUGAAAUUGUCGAGGGAGGCGCUAAAGUUGAAUGGAACGAUAUUGCUGGCCAAGAGAUCGCUAAACAAGCUCUCCAAGAAAUGGUCAUCCUUCCGUCAGUGCGCCCCGAACUGUUUACUGGUCUUCGUUCUCCUGCCAAAGGACUACUGUUGUUCGGUCCACCAGGAAAUGGAAAAACUCUUUUGGCUCGUGCCGUCGCAACGGAAUGUUCAGCAACAUUUUUCAACAUUUCCGCUGCUUCGCUAACCAGUAAAUAUGUUGGUGAUGGUGAAAAGCUAGUGCGAGCAUUGUUUGCCAUCGCUCGUGAAAUGCAACCGUCAAUCAUUUUCAUCGACGAGGUGGACUCACUGUUAUCCGAACGUAGUUCAAGCGAACAUGAAGCUUCCAGAAGAUUGAAAACCGAAUUCCUAGUCGAAUUUGAUGGAUUACCGAGCAAUCCAGAAAGUGACAGAGUCGUUGUGCUGGCAGCAACAAACCGACCGCAAGAAUUGGACGAGGCAGCACUACGACGAUUUCCGAAACGGGUCUAUGUAUCACUGCCGGAUUUAAAUACCAGAGAGUUAUUAUUGAAAAGACUGUUGGCUAAACAGGGCAGUCCGCUAUCAGCGGAUGCCGCUAAACGAUUGGCCGUUUGUACGGAAGGCUAUUCAGGAUCCGAUUUGACGGCUUUGGCUAAGGACGCAGCAUUGGAGCCUAUAAGAGAAUUAAAUGUGGAACAAGUCAAAAAUUUACACCCUAAUUCACUUCGUGCUAUCACCGAAAAUGAUUUCACCAAUUCGUUGAAACGGAUUCGUCGAUCGGUUGCGCCACACAGCUUACUAGCUUAUGAGAAAUGGUCUGAGGAGUAUGGAGACAUUACAAUGUAGCAGAGCAAAUUCAUUGGAGACAAGUAAUUUGAUGCAAAUUUUCCGGAUUUUUCUUUAUGCACACGCCAACACACACAUUCAAAACUGAAAUGUGUUAUUAUGAGCGCCAUGUGUGUGUGUGCGGGUGUUACAGAAAUAAACCUUUUCGAUCGUUUUUGAGUUAAGCGUUAUGGUCAUUUAAAUUUUAAGUUUCGGUAUAAAUGACUGCGAAGAAUCAGAGAGAAAAAUAUUCCAAUUCGAUGUAGAAAAUGUGUUAACAAAUGAAACUAGAGAUUAAUUUUCAAGUGCAAGUGUUGCGUCAGACCACUAAACUUAAAUGAUAUGUUUAAGUUUUAAGUUAAGCGUCCUCAUUCCAGUGUUAUAGAGAUUUAUGUGAUCACAAUUUUUAUCAGUAAAUUAUUUUAGUUAGACACCACUCGCAUCCGGAGUCAAAAUGAGAAGUACAUUUUCCGAGCAAAUUUCUCGGCUAGUAGACAUUUAGUCAGUGGUACAGGUACGUAAAAACGAGACAGUGGCUUUCUAGCCAUUUCUACAACCACAAAUUAAAUAAAUUUCCUCUCUGGAAUCAUGACUGUAAAGCGCUUUCCAAGCAUUUGUACAAAGAAAAAUAGUUGCUCCGGAUGCGAAUAGCUACUUCGAAUUAUUUUAUAUUUUCAAAUACACGUCGUUUUAUAAAUGCAUAGCACAGAAAACACAAAAGCUCUGUCACGGAGUCAUUCUGUUCGCCAAUAUUAUGUUACGAAAGCACAAAAAAACGGAUGCCAAUUUCGAAAAUUUUACAGAAACAUUUUUCUAAUCAAUUUAUUCGUUUGAGUAAUGUUCUGUCGUCACCAGUGUAAAAUAGCUAUACAGUCGUGGAAUUGUCAUGUUCUACGUUGUAGCAGUACAAUUCGAUAUUUGCCUUAUUGUUUCACCUGAAGCGUGAAACUUUUGUUCCUAUUGUUUGCGAGAGCUUUGAAGGAAAAUAAAGGAAUUGUUGCAGAAUGAGCGAAAUUUAAAAGUAAAUUUUUAAUCGAAAAGCCGUUCAAAUGUUCGACUAUUCUUCUUCGUUCUUUGUGGCAUCAACAUCUUGAUUUCGACACCAGUUUCAUUGCUCUACGGCAUGUACUGAUUGAGGUACACUGGAACUUACACUUGUAAGGGAAUUCCUUAACAGAACAAACAGAUUUCCAGAACAAACGUUUUUCGUCUGAGGAUGCGUAACAACAAUAUGGCACAAAUUUCGAAUUGAGGACUGCAAGGGAUUGAUAUGCAAACGUUACUUGUAAAUGAGUCGUCUCAUAGAACGGAAUUUGAUUAAAAUCGCAUAUAACGUAGAAAGUCAUAGCUCCACAACUGUAUGAGGAUAGUAAAAAUAAUUUCAGACGAUUUGCUGAUGAUUAUAUAGGUUUUCCUUUUAAAAGAAACAAAACCAUAAAAUUUUACCAAAUUCAGGGA